UUUGCUGCGUAGCUACGGGCUGUGUGUGUAACAAAGACAGACGUUGGCGUACGGCCAAGGCAUAUGCAAGGGCUAACGUCAGAGAGAGUCAACUCCAUGCACCACAAGAAGCAGAAAAAGAAUCCAAAAUUUUUAGCUCUCUGCUUCUGCUUUUGUUUGUGUCUUUGCAACAUGCAUUCAAUAUUUUACUUUAGAUUAAGUGCAUGGAAACUAACAAUAAAUAUGUGCAAGUGCUGAAACAAUAUAAUCAAUGGCUUUAUUAUAACGCACUAGAUGAAAGCCAAAACAAACCACGCAAAAAGUUUUUUAUAUGUGCGUGCGUGCGCCUGCAACAAAUUCACGGCGUACACAAAUACAUACAUGAAUGUACAUAGCAUAUAUGGAAAAGGAAAGGCAAAGAGAAUCAACUGAAAAUAAGCGUGUGUAAUAAACGAACGAGAAAAGUGACUGGGAGUAAGGGUAACUGUAAGACACACGACUAUUAACUGUAACGUUUGUAAUAAGAGGGGAGCACAACGCUCAAAAAUUGGAUACCGCUCGGGCUCGGGCUGUGUUGCCCCCGCCCCAUUGAAAUGGCUAAAACUGCUGCUGGCCAGUAUGUUCGAAAGAAACCAGUUAACUGCCUCCGCACCAACGCCUGACAUGGACACAAUAAUAAUAACAACAAGAAACAUAGCUGAGAGUAGUUCAGCGCCGCAGCAGCAGCAUCCACAACAACAACAACAAAUGCCCAUGCAAGGCGCCAUCAUUCCACAACAACAACACAUUACACCUGUGAUUAUGGAAGCAACAGCGCAUGUGAAUCUCGUGGAUGAUGAUGAUGAAAAGGAUCCACUGGCGUUGGACGCCACAACGCAUCAGACGGUGGCACUAGAGGCGCCACAACAACAACAACAACCGGCAAACAACUCAACGUUAGUGUCACCCAACAAGCACACACAUAGUCUGAGGCGUCACUUGCCACGCAUCAUUGUGAAACCCAUACCACCUGAGAAAAAGUCAACGGCCAGCGAUGAUGCGUUGCAUAACACUGGAAUACCGUCGACACUAGCACCAGCGCCGCCUGUGCCACCCAUCGCCACCUCCUCCUCCUCCUCCACGUCGUCGACAGCUGCACCUCCAGUGCGUGGCAUCAGCAGUCGUCGCAUACAACAACAGCAGCAGGCCAAGGCAGCCGCAGCGGCGGCAGCUGCAGCAGCGGCGGCGGCAGCAGCAGCAGCUACAGCAGCCGCAUCUGCCACAUCCUCGCCGAGCUCUGCUAAGGGCGUAACACAAGCAUCCACGAUGCGUGAGGUGCUGGCCUCCAUACCGGGAUUCAGUAUGAAGCCUCGUCGUCGGAGCAACAAAAAACUGACAACUGCCGCGCAAAUCGAACAGUUUAAGGAUGGUAAAAUCGAUCUGGAAACACCAGACUCGAUAUUGGCAUCGACAAAUCUGCGGGCACUGCUCAACAAGCAAACAUUCUCAUUGUUGCCGCCACUGUAUCAGCAUAAUCUCAUUCAACUGUUGCCGAGCGUGGAUCGUGAGGCAAGUGAGAUGGUGCAGUCACUGGCGCUGCCGGAACAGCCAAGUACAAGCAGCGGCGGAUGUGGCAGCAACAACAACAGCAGCAAUAGCUCCCAUGAAGCCAUACGUCUAAGCGCCUCCUGCCUAAAUAAUGAAUUCUUUGCACGCGCCUGUCUGGAAUGGCGGGAGCGUCUGAGCGAAGGUGAAUUCACGCCAGAGAAUCAAAUCAAGCUGAAAACAGAAGCGGAGCGCGAAAAGAAUAAAGUUGAUCCCUGGAAGCUAAAGCAUUUUGAGCCAUAUUGGGGCGAGAAGAUUGCGAAGCGUGCACCGAAUCCAAACCCGCCAACCAGCAAGCUUAAGCUGGAGCCGACAAGGCAGCAGCAACAGCAGCCAAUACCACCAGCAACUCCACCAGCACCACCACCACCACCACAGCAACAGAAACAACAGAAGCAAGAACAACCACAACAACUACAACAAGCAACAUGUGAUAAUGAGACUGAACUGAAAUUUAAUAUUAGCACAAAGUGCGAAUCAACAACCACGACAACAGCAACAACCACAGCAGCAGCAACAACAACAGCAGCAAGCGUGAAUGCUUCAACAGUAGCAGCAACAAAAGCGACAACUAACAACGCAACAACUGAAACAUUAAGCAAUUGCAACAACAACAACAGCAAUGUGGUAACGGAACAACAACGGCGUAUUCUGAAGCGCCCUUCGAACAGCCCAUCGCGACGCAAACGCAGUGAUCUAACAACGACAACAUCAGUCAAUGUCAGUGAGCUGCCAACAACGUCGAAGGAAAGCAAGCAAAUCAAGCGCGACAUUAUUGAGAUUGUUCCUAAUGUGACAGCAAAUGUGGUUGAAAAUGCUGUAACAACGUUGAAUGCAACAAACAACCAGCAGCCACUUAUCAACAGUACCUGUGUUAAAACUAAUGAGGCAACUGAUGCAGAGACAUUCACUACAACAGCGACAACGACAACAUCAGCAAUAACAACAAAUGUUAUGCCUGCAGCAACAAUUGAAACUAUGCCCGAAGAUGGCAACAACUUUGCUGGAUAUUUGCAGGAUGUUGAACUAGUUGAAGAUACCAAAGCCACACCUAAUGAGGUGCCAACAACCACAUCGACAACUGCAGCAGCAACAGCAGCAAGAAACCAUGACUAUGUGUUUGCAGAUACAAUAGAUCACGCUUACUUCCAUGAUCACCAAGCAGUUAUCAGUCACAACUAUUAUUCUUCAUCAUCAUCGCCAAAUUCGACAGCAACAAUCAGCAAAGUGGAGGAUCAUUGUGAUAAGCAGCUGGAGGAGUCGCCAAUUACAUUGACAAUGAACAUGACAAUGGCCAGCAGCUCGUUGUCAACAACAACACCUUCGAGCUCGCUGGCAUCCAGCAGCUGUGCAUCAUCAUCGUUAUCAUCUUCCAUGUCAUCGUCCUGUUCCAGCAGCAACUCCUCCACAACAGCAGCGACAACAACAACUUCAGCAGCAGGAGUGGCCUCGGCAGCAACAUCACUAUCGCUGGCAACAGCAACAGAAACAACCCUUGCUGAUAUGCAUGCCAUGCUCAGCACAGUGGCAACACUUCAACAACAAGAUCAAGAACAAUCAACGCCCGCUGUGGAGUUGCCGGUGGAGUUGAACUCCAAUGAAAUGUUUCAGCAUGUGCAGCACGAUUGGAAUUUUGGUGGCAUCAAGUUGCUGACGGCAACGACAUCGAAUAAUGCAACAGCAACAGUCGAACAAUUGCAGGCGGCGGAGCAGCAUUUGAAUCAUGAGGCUAUCCAUUUGAUGGACGUGGUGCAAGAUGCAGAGGAGGUCAUUGAUGACAUGGUCGAGUGCCACAAUUUGCUAGACAACGAUGUUGCCGAGACGGUCGCCGAUGAGAUAGAUGAAGAUGACGAUAUUGUUGAUGACGAUGACGAUGUUGUUGAGUGCAUUGAUGCGGAGCAACAGGAUCAGGAUGAAGUAAUGAGUGCAAUCGUCGAUCAUGUUAUGGAUGACAGCGAUGGUGAUGCUGUGCGCGAUAUUGUGGAUAAGCUGCAGCAGCAUCAUCAACAGCAGCAGCAGCAACAACAACAACAGCAACAAUUGCAGGCUCAACUGCAGGAUGUGGUGCAACUAGCUCAGCAUUCCUUUAUGCCCCAAGCACACAAUGCCGACUAUUCCAAUGAGAUAACACACGAGUUACUUUGCGAUGCAGUGCCAAUGUCUGCUGCUGAAAUGGAGGUGUCUAGCACGGUUAUAACUAACAGCAGCAACAGCAACGACAGCAGCAACAAUUUGAGCUUAUGCAGCAGCAGUAGCAGCAAUAUCGCAAUCAAUCAGCUGCCGCAGCAACCCACAGCAGCUGCUGCUCCACCGACUGUACCACCGCAGCAACAACAGCGUCAAAUUCUGGUCGAUUCGAAUGGUCAGAUUAUUGGAAAUUUUCUAUUGCAACAACAGCAGCAGCAGCAACAACAGCGCCAACAGCAGCAACUGCAACAGCAGCAACUAUUGCAGCAGUUCACUUUGCAAGCGGCCGCACAGCAGCAGCAACAACAGCAGCAGCAGCAGGUACAACAGCAACAACAGCCAACCAGCAGCAAUGCGUUACAAAAAACACAUCAAGCAUUACCUGUGACGUUGCGCAAACCGUUUGAGAUUAACAGCAAUGGAGCACAGCAGUUUUUGGCACCAAAUCUAAUGGCACAGCAGCAACUAGAACAGCAGCAGCAACAGGCGCAGCAAAAGCAACAACAAUUGCAUCAGUUUGCAUUACAACAGGCGCAGUUGCAUCAGCGACAGCUGCUGGCACAGGCAGCCAACAACAAUCUACUGCAACAACAACAGCAACUGCAGCAGCAGCAACAACAACAGCAAGUCUACCCGCAACAGCAGCAACAAAGCGUUGUGCCACCCAAGUUCAUUGCAAAACCGUUGAAUAUAAUAUCAAUGACACGACCUGCAAAUGCCUCGCCGAACAUAGCAGCAACACCAACAGCUAUUGCAACAACAGCAGCAGCAGCAGUUGCAACAGCAGCGGCAAAUAAUCCACAGAUUCCGUCCACCUAUGCCAAUGUUGUUGCCGCAGUACAACAGCACCAGCAACAACAGCAGCAGCCAGUAGUAGCGCAACAACAGCAACUCAAUCACACCAGCAACUUGCAGCCGCAACAAUCUCUUCAGCUACCAGUUGCAACAGUUAACAAUGUGCUGACCAUGAAAACACUGCCUCCAUCAGGUGUGCCCACGACAAUUGCCCAGCAGCGAUUGCAGCCAAAGAUGCCCACGGGGAAGGGCCGCAAGGCGACCACCAAUCGAUUGCCACCGGGUGCUGUUAAUCUGGAGCGAAGCUAUCAGAUUUGCCAGGCUGUCAUACAGAAUAGUCCAAAUCGGGAGAACCUCAAGGCGCAACUGCGUCCGCCGGCGGCCAUACUCAGUCAGCAGCAUCAGACAACGACAACAACUGUUAGCAGUAGCAGCAGCAAUGCAACAUUGAAUGUAUCCACAGUGGCUGCCACACCGAUGAGCAAUCUGAGCACAGUUAACAGCAAUGUCACAGCAACAACUGCUGCUGCUGCUCCGCCGCAGAAUCUGAUCAAACAAGACGAACUGUUGGUCAGUGGUGCGGCAACUGUUGCCACGUCUCAAGCACUACCCGCCGGCUUGCCACCCAAUGUUAUGGGUGUGGGCAGACCAGGUGUCUAUAAGGUAAUUGGGCCACGUAUGGGAGGCUUUCCACGGAAGAAGUAUGUGCAAAGGAAACCUUCGCCCACAACAGUAAUACGACAUAUGUUGACAGCGGCGCCUGCUGCGCCCAGUGGCACCACACAGCAGCUGCAGGUGGGACAGCAGACGCAGCCAACAACACAAGAGCAGCUGCUGCAUCAGAAUGGAACUGGACAAUAUGUGUUGGUGCAUCGCGCCAAUGUUGGUGCCGCUGACAAUCAGGCGCCACGUGCCUCUAGUGCACCACCAUUGCAUCAGAAUCAGUUUGUUACCGUACAGAAUCCGUUGCACAAUCUUAAUGGCAUAACAAUGGGCGGACGCGGGCGUCCAGCAUCUGUUGACAAUAACACAGCUGGCAAUGGUGCGCCAGUGAUUGCCAACAAUGACGUACUGCAUCAUCACGAGCUGCAUUCACAGCAACAUCCACAGCAUCAACAGCAGCUGAGCAAUGUCAGCACGGCCGCGAAUAUUGUGCGGCGCAAUAUCGCUGCAGGUACCAACAUUACCUACAUUGACGGCAGCAACAACAGCAACUCGACGCCGACGGCGACUCUAAUGGAAGCUGGCAACAACUUUAUUGUGACAACCACAACAACAGCUGCUGGUGGCGGGUCCGCAAAUCAGGUGCAAACACAGCAGACAACACAACAGCAACAACAUCCUCUCUUGCAAUUGCAACAAAGCGGAGAGAACACGCCACCUUGCAACGAGGCAACAACGAACAACAGCUGCGCCUGUGCUCUGAAUGCGAUGGUCAUCUGCCAGCAAUGUGGUGCCUUCUGCCACGAUGACUGCAUCAGUGCGGCGAAGCUGUGUGUCGCCUGUGUGAUCAGAUGAAAGCUACGCCUGCAGAUGCAACUUGACAACGUAUUAUAGUAAUAUAUAGAGAUAAUAACCAUAUUUAGAUGCAAUGGCUAUAUAAUUAUGUAAUGUAUUGUGUAUUGUGAGUGUGAGAGAGGGCAGACAUUUGACUCACCAGCAAAUCAUCUUUUUUACUCGACAGAUUUGUAAGCUAUAGACUAUAAACAAAAGCAUAACAACAAACACAACUCGAAGUGCAGAGAUGGCUUGUGCGCACACAUACAGACACACAAUCACAUAUACAUACCCAUGUAAAUUAAGGCAUGUUGCAACUCUCUAAAACUUUUGUAUAAAGAAUAAAUAACAAAGGAACUACAAACUUAUAUAUAUAGAUCUAUAUAAGACGAAUUCUAAGCAAGUGUUGUGUACUUUGUGCUUUUUGCAUAUCCUUAAAAUACGCGUUGUUUUAGUGGUUGUUUUUAAAGGAUAUUGCAGGAGCACAGGCUAAUUGAAAAUGAACAGAAGUUAAAAA